CAGGCAGGACUUCGCAGAGUGAGCCCCUGAACACUAGUUUCAACUGAUUCCACAUUACUAUUCAUCUUGUCGAAUAUUUAUUUACUAUUGUUUGAAGAGUUGAAGUGCUAGCACCAAGGAAUCAAUCUGAAUCCUUUCUCCGCAGCCUUGGGAUAGGAUGCCAAAAGGAAGGAAAUACAACCCGUGCUCACUAAACGAAGGUCGAUGGUUUCCCCAUCCAGAUGUGCAAGAAUCUCCAUUCGCUACUGUUUCUAAAUCCACAAAAGUUGAAUGCAUUACAACACAUGAAAGUAAUUUUUCUCCAAGCAAGUUAAAUGAUAGUUUACCAUUAUUGUUCAAAGUGCGUGAGAAGAAUCUAUUGCAGGGGAAAUUUCCAUUUUCAACUCAUGACAAUAAAUACAGUUUGAGGCACACAGGCGAGCAUCUUACCUUCGGACUAGGGCAGAAAAAGGUCUCUACAACAAAGCAGACUGCCCAUACCGUUGAGUUUUGGGACCCUGGGAAAGCUUCUGAAAUGAAUAGUGGAUCUGGUAUUACCAUAUAUCAGGCAUCUUACAAGGGAAACCAAGAUACAGAACGUCCUAACUUCAGGCGUUAUCCCAAAAUUCCGAGGGAGAGUUCACAUAGGGCAUGGUCUCAGAAUCCUACUGAUAUAAUGUGGUUUGGAAAAAAUAAUUCUUUAUACAGAAUUCCACUGGAGAUUUUAGGGAUCACUCAACGUCCUCUCCUUUCCUCUGAUAAAAAGUUCUAUCGCACAAGGAUCCUUCCAAAAUAACUGCCUGAAGAUCUCUAUUGGUACUUAUUUCACUUUUGGAUAUUGCUACUGUUGGAAACAACUUUUUAAGAAUAAUACUUUUAAUAAGAUUUGUACUUUUUAACAAACUCAUGUAUCUUUCACACUCACUGGCAGAAAGCAGUAUAGUGGCUAAACUAAUAGUUUAUUUCCUUCCUCAUUUUUCACUGGUUAAGUAUUAGCACAUUACCUACGUGAUGUAAUUGUUUUAAUUAAGUGGCCUAUUCACUAAUUCAGUUCCAUCUAAGGAAUUUUCUUUAUUUUAUCUAUGAAAGUGAUAGCACUUCUGAAAAAUCUAUCUAU